AUGAAGCGAUGGACAAAGAGUGCCCGAAUAGACAUUGAAUAUGCAUUUAUAUUAGAAAUUGGUAGCAAGGAAGUUGUAGAAACCGCGAGAUAUGAAAGUUUAAGUUGUAUGGAUAACAAAGUGUGUUUGUAUGCAUCGAAGAGUAUAGAUGGGUAUGAGAUUUUUAAGAAUAAACUCAGGCGAUUAGAGGGAAUAGUUGAAGGCUUAUGGCAGAAAGAAGAAGAGACGAGUCUUAAAUUGGGUAGUCGUGGGAAAUUUCCUGCAAACAUUGUGAAAGAUGGAACCGUAGUGAGGACAAAAGGCACCCAAGGAUGA